CAAAAUGAGUGGGUGAGUGCCUUAUCCAUAUCAUAAGAUGAUAGAGAAACAAAGGAACAUCAGAAGAAGAGAUGGGCAGAGAGAUCAGCAUUACAACCCAUCAUCACCAACACAUAUUUGAAAAAGAAAGCCAUCAAAAUGUUAAGCCUGACGGCCAUUGUUCCACAACUCAAUCACCCAUCCUUCUCUUUUGCUCGCUCUGACUUCAGUGGCGCCAAGCUAGCUGCCUCUCCCCAGUUAAUUAACACAGGCCUCUCUCAGUAUAAAAGGAAGGCAUGUGGGAAGCUGCAGGUUUCGGCAAGUGCCAAGAAGAUCCUUAUAAUGGGAGGCACCAGAUUUAUUGGUAUCUUUUUGUCCAGACUUCUUGUCAAAGAAGGCCAUCAGGUUACUCUGUUCACAAGAGGAAAGGCCCCAAUUGCACAACAAUUGCCAGGAGAAUCGGACAUUGACUUUGCUGAUUUCUGCUCCAAGAUAUUGCACUUGAAGGGAGAUAGAACGGACUAUGAUUUUGUUAGGAGAAGCAUCUCUGCUGAAGGUUUCAACGUUGUGUAUGACAUAAAUGGACGGGAAGCGGUUGAAGUGGAAUCCGUAUUGGAUGCAUUGCCUAAUCUUGAACAGUACAUAUACUGCUCCUCAGCUGGUGUUUAUCUCAAAACUGAUUAUUUGCCCCACUACGAGACUGAUGAAGUUGACCUAAAGAGCAGGCACAAAGGGAAGCUGGAGACAGAAAGGUUAUUGCAAUCACGAAGCAGCGUUAAUUGGACUGCUAUAAGACCAGUCUAUAUAUAUGGUCCAUUGAACUACAAUCCCAUUGAAGAGUGGUUUUUUCACCGCCUCAAAGCCGCCCGCCCAAUCCCCAUUCCCAACUCCGGAAUGCAAGUAACCCAACUUGGUCAUGUUAAGGAUCUUGCAAGAGCCUUUGUUCAGGUUCUCGGUAAUGAUAAGGCAAGGAAACAGGUGUUUAACAUUACUGGAAAUAGAUAUGUUACUUUUGACGGAUUAGCAAAGGCAUGCGCGAAGGCUGGUGGGUUCCCUGAACCAGAUAUUAUUCACUACAACCCAAAGGAGUUUGAUUUUGGUAAAAAGAAAGCAUUUCCAUUUCGUGAUCAGCAUUUCUUUGCAUCAAUUGAGAAGGCAAAGCGUUUGCUGGAGUGGAAACCAGAAUUUGGGCUGUUUGAAGGUCUUACAAACUCAUACAGCCUAGACUUUGGCCUCGGAACCUUUCGCAAAGAAGCAGACUUCUCCACGGAUGACUUGAUUCUUGGGAACAGUCUUUUUCGCUAGAGUUAGCCACGGCCUUUGGUUUCUUUCUCACCUUUAGGAACCCUUUCCAUUGUGCAGUUUCUUCAUUAAAGAGAAAAAUUAGGAAUCUUGUCACCUUGAGUUGAUGUAAAUGAAAUAAUAAAUGCUUCUAGAUACAGUUAGUUUUCUAUUUACCAGUUCUAUGAUAUUAUUAUUAUUAUGUAUAGGCAGUAUAGCUAAUACGCCUACACAUGUCCGUUUAUGAAGAGUGCUAACUGCUAACCAUUGCAUAUUGAUAGUUUUUUUACCAUAACCAUAUUGAUAGUUAAGACGUUAAGUAACAACAAAAUAUAUAAUUCUUGUUUAUACGUUUAAGUGUUUUGAUCUUAUAUAAUAUUGACUUUGAUAAAUAAAUUAUGUUUGUUGUAUGACACAUUAAUUUGAUGCAUAUGGGUUUUUUUACAAAAAAUGUUAUUAAAAUAAAACUUAUUUACACAAAAAUGGCCAUUAGCUACUACAAUGUAACGUCAUAGUAAUUUAAGUUUAAAAAUUGAACACAAGUUACUAUGAUUUCAUUACUACUCUAGUCACUAAUCACAUUUUUGUAAACAGUCUUCAUUUCAG